AAUUGAAGAUAUCAAAACAAAAACAGAUUGGUGGUCAGAAUUAAGGAGGACAAAUUACAGUUUUCCAUUUCUGCAAAACACUUCUUCUUCUCAUCUCCUCCUCUUUCAUCUUUCCCAAAUCCAAAUUCUUGAAAAAAUCAAAAUCAUGGCUUCUUCAUCUUCCUUUCAACUCUCAAGCCUUCAAAUUCAUACCCCACCUCUUAAAAAAUCAAACUUUCUUGGUCAAUCUCUGAAUCUCAACCUCAGUAGUAGUGUUCAUAACAAAGCAACUAUAAAAUCAUCUUCAACCUCAGUUACUCCAAUAGCAAAAUUCAAUCUUUAUGAGAUUCUUGGAGGCAGAGGUCUCUGUAAUGGAGAAGAGGGUAUAGAGAAAGAGCUAAAAAAGUCGGUUUCCGAAGAACAACAAGUAUCAUCAGCAUCAUCUGAUGAUGAUAAUCAAGAAAACAAGGAGAGUGGAGAGUUCCCGGAGGACGGAUUUGAGAAAGAAAUGAUGGGGUUUACUGGCGGAUUCCCGGGAGGUGAAAUGGGUCUGCAGAAAUUCAUAGAGAAAAAUCCACCACCACCCAAGAAAACAGAAUCAAGUAUGGUUUCUGGUUUUAAUCAAAGUCUUGUGAAGAAAUCAAAGCCACCUGAAUUGCCACUUUUGUUACCUGGGAUGAUUGCUAUUGUUAAGAAUCCUAAUAAUCCAUAUUAUAUGUAUUGUGGGAUUGUGCAGAGGAUUACUGAUGGUAAAGCUGCUGUGCUAUUUGAAGGUGGGAAUUGGGAUAGGUUGAUUUCUUUCAAGCUCGACGAACUCGAACGAAGAGAGAAAGGACCACCAAUGGUGAAUCCUAGGUCUGUGAUACUUGAGAAGAUGGUAGAAAAGAGGCCUGAAGCUUGAAUUGCUUCACUUUUUAUUGAGUAGAUUGUUUGUUCGUCUUGUCUUUUGGGUUGUUGUACAUACAAGCUGUAAGUUUUGUAAUGACAAUGGAUAAAUAAGACAUGCAGAAUGCUUUUUUUGGAGGAAGAGUCUGUUCCAAAUGGGAAA